UGAGACAAUCACACUGUGUACUGUCGACGUUUCACGAGAGUUUGUUUUACGGACUCUUUUGUGAUUCGCGCUGAAUACGGUUGCAAUAGGACUUCGCUAUGGCGGUUCGCAGGUUGCUUCCCUCUGCACUUCGCUCUCGGAGCUUUUGCUCAUCCUCAGGUGGUCCUGCCCAAUUGAGCGGUGUUCAAGAAAUCGCUAAGCCGGCUUCGACCCAUGGUGAGAUUGGCGAAGUCUCUGGCAUUCCUGCAGAUCAACUUAAGCGCAAGGUGGUAAUUUAUUCUCCUUCCCGUUGUACUACGCAAUCAGGGCCGGCAACGGACAAAUGGAAAAUCAGCUUCGAAUCUGUUAACAAAUGGGAGAAUCCUUUGAUGGGCUGGACAUCAACAGGAGAUCCUUACCAAAGUGUUGGUGAGGCAUCUCUUAAUUUCGAUACCAAGGAAAGCGCAGUAGAUUUUGCCGAGAAGUAUGGCUGGCAAUACACGGUUCGGGAGCCUCACCAGGCUAUACUUAAGCCAAAGGCAUAUGCAGACAACUUCAAAUGGAAAGGCCCUGUUCCAGAGUAUGAUUAAUUCUAAUCAUCUCAGUAGUAGUUUUAAGACCUCUUGAUGCACCCCUUUUUCGAUUUUUUGCUCUUUAUAAGAAUUAAAACUACUCUGUUUGGUUUUAGACAUAGAUAAUACCAUAAUAAGAAAAACGUCUUUUUUUCAUGUGAUCAAGAACUCUCUGCGGAUGAUUUAAAAGCAGGUGUAGCAGCCGCAUGUAAGUGUGUGUAUGGUGAUUGGAAGUCACUGUCACUCGGUUAUUUACUUUGUUUAGUAAAAUCCUGAAAAUAUUGUUUUGACUUUUGAUCAAGAGUUUCCUAUUUUUUAAUGAUAAUACGCUACUGAAAUUUCCAUA